GUGAUUUUGCAACAAGCACUCUAAACAGGUAUCUAUUACUAGAGAAGUCGUUAGCUGAGUUAGAGGCGCAGUCACCACUAAAAGAAGGUUCAAAAAUCAAGAAGCCAAGAAUUUUUAUCAUGGCUUACCCGGGUGCAGGUCAGUUAGGAACUCCAGAUGAUUUGAAUCAAGAGAAAAGCUACUCUGCUUAUCGGUGCCACAUGAACACUGUUGCUGGUAACGAAGCCAUUGUUGUUCACUACUCUGACAAUGAACAUUUUAAUAUUUAUGGUUUAAAUCCAGGAAUAGUUAAAACAAAUAUCAGAGACAAUUACUUGGGGAAAAAUAGCUGGGUUUCCAAGGUUUUGGAAUCCUUCAUUGGCUGGUUCAACAAGUCACCAGAGCAAUACGCAGAGAUAAUCACACCCUUGCUAACUAACUCAGCCCUAGACGCAGACAAUGGAUCUUUUUAUGAUAACAAUGCAAAGAAAAUUCCAGCCUCCAAAGGGUUUGACAAGGAGUAUGCCGACAAGUAUAUAAGGAAGUCAAAAGAGUUGCUUGACAGCAAGGGGUUGUGGUAAUUUUUAGUUUGUAAUUAUUCUAUUUUGUGUUUUCGCAAGUUUUGCAACUUUACUUUCAAAUUGUUUUUAUCAAACGCUUAUUUUCUCUCAGAACCUAAAUGGAAGUCAGCUGCUGGUUAUUUUUGAUAACUAGAUGGC